CCAAAAUCAAAACCAGCAUCACCCCAACCCAAUUCGCCAAACCAAAUUACGAGCCUCGAGCCUGGUGACUUUCCAUUCGUCUCCGGUGACCCUGGUGGUCGUUCCCGGCAGACCGGCGGCGUCUUCUAAGCACCAGUCUCCCCGCUUUCCCUUCCUUCACAUUUCCAUUCCUCCUUUCUUCCACGAUUAAUUUUUUCCUACAUUAAUCUAAUUCCCCAUGAUUUGUCACCCUAAUUACCAUCAUCUUCCUCCACGGGUUUUGCCCAAAUCGCCAUCCAUACGUUGAAAUCAAAUUCCUCCUUGAAUCAUUCAAGUUUACGCAUCGAUCAUCAUGAGAAUCGAGGAAGGCAGCGAGAGAGACCUAGAGAAGGGGCUCUUCUUCAAAUCUAGCCGGUCGAGCCCGAACCUGUUCUCGGACGUGUCUUCGCCAGGGCGGUCCCCAUCGUCGACGCCGAGAGGGACUCUGGUUCUGUCCAACUCAGGGAAAGCCCUGCUGGUGUCGAAUUCGAACAAGUCCCUGGCCCUGUCCAGCUCCGGGAAGCGGUUCGAGAGGAAGAAGUACGUGAAGCAGGUGACUGGGCGGCACAAUGACACAGAGCUCCACCUGGCGGCCCAGCGGGGGGACCUCUCCUCCGUCCGCCACAUGCUUGAGGAGAUCAGCGCCCAGAUGAUGGGCACCCACGAUUUCGACGCGGAGGUGGCGGAGAUAAGGUCGGCGGUGGUGAACGAGGUGAACGAGCUCGGGGAGACGGCACUCUUCACGGCGGCAGAGAAGGGCCACAUUGACAUUGUGAGGGAGCUGUUGCAGUUCACCACUGGAGAGGCUAUUGCCCUGAAGAACAAGGCAGGGUUUGAUGCUCUCCACAUCGCCGCCAGUCAAGGCCAUCAAGAAAUAGUGGAGUUGCUGCUGGAGGUUGACCCUGCAUUAAGCAAGACGGUGGGGCAAUCAAAUGCGAGUCCUUUGGUAUCGGCGGCAGCGAAGGGGCACAUAGGCGUGGUUGAGAAAUUACUGGACAAGGAUCCCAGCUUGUUGGAGAUCCCCAAAGCCAAUGGCAAGAACGCAUUGCAUCUCGCUGCCAGGCAAGGCUACGUAGAGAUCGUGAGAGCCUUGCUGGACAAGGACCCACAGCUGGCUCGGAGGACUGACAAGAAAGGCCAAACUGCGCUGCAUAUGGCUGUCAAAGGCCUCAGCUCUCAAGUUGUCAGGCUGCUGCUCUGCGCCGACGCUGCCAUCGUCAUGCUUCCUGACCGCCACGGGAACACAGCCUUGCAUGUUGCCACCAGGAAGAAGCGAGUCGAGAUCGUGCAAGAGCUGCUUCUUCUACCAGACACCAACGUAAACGCACUAACAAGGGAUCACAAGACCGCCCUCGACAUCGCCGACGGCCUGCCCCUCUCGGAAGAAAUCUCCGAGAUCAAAGAAUGCCUUUGCAGCCACGGCGCCGUCAAAGCCAACGACCUCAACCAACCCCGCGACGAGCUCCGCAAAACUGUCACCCAGAUCAAGAAGGAAGUCCACAUCCAGCUUGAGCAGACCCGCAAGACCAACAAAAACGUCGACGGCAUCGCCAAGGAGCUCCGCCGCCUCCACCGCGAAGGGAUCAACAACGCCACCAACUCCGUCACCGUCGUCGCCGUCCUCUUCGCCACCGUCGCCUUCGCCGCCAUCUUCACCGUCCCCGGGGGCGACGACAACAACGGGAUGGCGGUGGUCGUCACCUCCCCCUCCUUCAAGAUCUUCUUCAUCUCCAACGCCGUCGCCCUUUUCACCUCGCUCGCGGUGGUCGUCGUGCAGAUCACCGUCGUCAGAGGGGAGACCAAGUCGGAGCGGCGGGUGGUGGAGGUCAUUAACAAGCUCAUGUGGCUGGCCUCGGUGUGCACCACCGUGGCCUUCGUCUCCUCCUCCUAUAUUGUGGUCGGCCGCCGGAACAGGUGGGCGGCGAUACUGAUUACCGUCAUCGGAGGGGUGACCAUGGCCGGAGUCCUGGGAACGAUGACGUUUUAUGUGAUGAAGUCGAGGAGGAUACGCCGGAGGAGGAGGAGGGAGAAGAGCAAGAUUAUUCACCGGGAUGGCGGCCUGCCCUCCACUCAUGACCGGGUGUCGGAUUCGGAGACGGAAGUCAACCCCAUUUACGCUCUUUGACUUUUGUUGUUCCAACUUCUCUUUUCUUUCCUCUUUUCUUUCUGGAACUGAGUUUGAAGUACAUACAUGUGUUCGCUUGCGUGGAUUGUAUAUUGUACGUAGCAACAAGUUCUAUGCGGUGGUUGUUGUUCUCCCCAGGAAUAGAGAAUUAUAAAAAUGGAUGGAAAAAACCCUCAACCUCCAAAAGUAAUUUAGGGGAAAAUGCAUGGUCAUCCAAAUACGGCUGAAAUUGAAACAUGUUCAGGGAUAUUUUUGGGAUGAGAUGUCUAGGGCUUUAAAUCUACACACUACUAUAAGGAGAUUCCGCAUGGUAAGGGGGUUUAAGCUCAAAUUAGAGCCAUGCGCGCAUCCCAAGGGAGGACACAUGUGUCUUUUUCUAUUUUGCUUUUAGCUACCUCUUCUCAUUCAUUUCGCUGGAGAGAAAAAAUUUCAUUAUUGGGGUUGGAUUUUUCCU